AAAUCAUUACUAAUGAAAGAUUUUAUUUUACUUGUAGAACUGGCAAGAUGCAGAUCUUUGUUAAAACAUUAACAGGGAAGACCAUUACCCUAGAGGUCGAGCCCUCUGACACCAUAGAAAAUGUCAAGGCUAAAAUUCAAGAUAAGGAAGGAAUUCCUCCAGAUCAGCAGAGAUUGAUUUUCGCUGGAAAACAGUUGGAAGAUGGAAGAACCUUGUCGGAUUACAAUAUCCAGAAGGAGUCAACAUUACAUUUGGUGUUGCGUCUUAGAGGAGGAAUCAUUGAACCAUCUCUGAGAAUUUUGGCCUCUAAGUACAAUUGUGACAAGAUGAUCUGCAGAAAGUGCUAUGCUCGUCUUCACCCAAGGGCAACAAACUGCCGUAAGAGGAAAUGUGGCCACACCAACAACAUCAGACCAAAAAAGAAGCUGAAGUAGACAAUGAACUGUUUCUUGUAUUUAUUACUAUAUUGUAAUAAAUUUUUCCAGUAGA